AUGGACAGCAGCACGUUGACCUGCACUCCGAGGCGUCGCCGGACGACCAUCGCCGAACUCCCGAACGAGCUCCUCUUUGCCAUCUUCCCUCUUCUGCCUCUCAAACCACUCAUCGCCGCCAAGAAUGUCUGCCAACACUGGCGCAUGCUUGUGCACGAGUCGCAUCUGAGCCCCGCACGCCGCAAGCUGCUCGACCUCUUCGAGCAAAUCGUCGCCGAGGCCCCACGUGACGCACAACGCCCACGCGUCUCGCAGUGCUACUGCGACAGCGACCGCGAGGAGUACCUGGCCUUCCUCACCCGGAGCGCGAGCGCGCCCGAGGAGUUCGUCGCCUGGGUCCGCGAGUGGCCCGCCUGGGGCGUCUUCGGCUGGCUUUGGCCCGGCCUCGACGAGAACAAGCGCCGUCCCGCGCACGCGCUUAGGCGGCCGCUCCUCGAGCUCGCCGCGCUCGGCGGCGUCGGCGGCUUUGGCCUUGGCGCGUACGGCUGGAGCGAGCCCAUCUCGGUCGCGAAGCCGCACGUCAAGUGCAUCACGUUCUCUGGUGGCUGCUCGCCGUUCGAGCCGGGCGUCAUCCUCCGUGUGACGAAGGUCGUCCCCGUCGAGUUCGCGGGCAUAGGCAUCCAGACGACCGGAUUCAUGACUGAGGGCGACGGGAUGGAGGUGGAGGCAGGGAUCGAGCUGAUCGUGCUCUGCUUCGGAGGCGGCAACCGGGCUUUGAUUCUGGACGGCAAAAAUGGGGGCGAAGAGCUGAAGGGCUUGGUAUACCAAGUCGUGGAGGGCUACACGUUGGAGGAACGGACGGUCUGCGCAAAGACGUGGAUCGAAUAUCUGCGAAAGCACCUCAUGAUUCCGCACCCUGCAAAGCCCCCAGUCAAGUUUCAUGCAGAACAGCCAACGACUGAGCUUUUCGCCUUAAUUGAGCCUUUCUAA